UUUGGCGAAUUAGGUUCAAAAAUGGCGGAGCUCUUGCUGGAUUCUUCGAUUCGUGUUUGGGUAUUUCUGCCGAUCGUGGUCAUCACCUUUUUAGUGGGGAUAAUUAGACAUUAUGUCACGAUUCUUUUGUCUACUGAAAAAAAAGCUGAAAUGCAACAAAUUUCAGAUAGUCAAGUUAUGAUAAGAAGUAGGAUGCUGAGAGAAAAUGGAAGAAUUUUACCAAAGCAGUCAUUCCAAAUGAGGAAACAUUUCUUUAACAACGAGACCACAGGAUUUUUCAAAACACAGACAAGAGAAGCUGUCAUGAAGAACCCCAUCACAGAUCCAAGUAUGAUGGCUGACAUGAUGAAAGGUAACUUUACAAAUGUUUUGCCGAUGAUCAUCAUCGGCGGAUGGAUCAACUGGGCUUUUUCUGGAUUUCUGACAACCAAAGUCCCUUUUCCACUUACAUUGAGGUUCAAAUCUAUGCUUCAGAGAGGGGUGGAGUUAAGCUCAUUAGAUGCAUCCUGGGUCAGCUCGGCCUCUUGGUAUUUCCUCAAUGUUUUCGGUCUGAGAAGCAUGUACAGCCUCAUAUUAGGACAAGACAAUGCUGCUGAUCAGACUCGUUUGAUGCAGGAUCAAGUCUCUGGACCUGCUAUCGGUAUGCCACCAGACCCAUCUAAGGCUUUUAAGGCUGAAUGGGAAGCUCUCGAAAUAUGCGAUCAUCAGUGGGAACUUGAAAAUGCAGAAGAUGAACUUAUAAAAUUUAUGGCUUAUUAUGAAAAAUAGACUAUUUCAUAUUUCUUCAUUAUAGUUUUGCCAUUCUUUCUAUCAUUUUCAGUUUUUUAUCUACUAAUAUGGUCUUUGAUUUGUGGUGUUAUUUGACAUUAAUUUUUCAAAAAUAUAUGUUUAUGUAUGUAUAAAUAUUGUGUGGAACCAAGGUAUUAAUUUGUAAAUAUAAUUUUUAUAUUAGUAAUUAAUAGAAAAGUUGUUUUAAAUAGGGGAAAA